AGGAUUAUGAAAAAAAUUGGCAUUAUAUUAGAGGAUGUCAAAUUGUCAAUGGCCGAUGUUGUGGUGACACUGAAGAAGAUUAGAAAGGAUUAUGAAAAAAGAAAUUGACAUUAGAUUAGCUGCCGUGCAGAGUUGUAGGCAAUCAUUGGUUGGCGUUGAUGGACCGCGUUGGUUUGAUACAGCCAAUGAAGGCUGUUUACCAGCAGUCCUGCACACGGCGGAGUUGUUGAUCAUCUCGCUGACAGUGACAGCCCUUGCAGCAGGUGCCUCUUCUUCUCCAUCUCCAUCCAUCAACAGCAGCAGCGGCGGCGGCGCCGCAGCCGACCUCGCGGCGCUGCUGGCUUUCAAGGCCCAGCUCGCCGAUCCUCUCGGCGUCCUCGCCGGCAGCUGGACGACCAACGUCUCCUUCUGCAACUGGGUCGGCGUCUCCUGCAGCCGCCGCCGCCGGCCGGAGCGCGUCACCGGCCUGUCGCUGCCGGACGCGCCGCUCGGAGGGGAGCUCACCGCCCACCUCGGUAACCUCUCAUUCCUCUACACCCUCGACCUCACCAACACCAGCCUCGUCGGCCCCGUCCCCGCCGACCUCGGCAGGCUACGCCGGCUACGGAGUCUCCUCCUCGGCGACAACCUGCUAUCGGCUGCCAUCCCACCCGCCAUAGCCAACCUCACGAUGCUCGAGCUCCUUCACCUGGGCAACAACAACCUCUCCGGGGAGAUCCCGCCCGACCUGCUGCACGGCAUGCGCCGCCUCUCGAGGAUCGCUCUGCACAUGAACCAGCUGACCGGAGACCUGCCGCCGCUUCUGUUCAACGGCACGCCCUCGCUGACGUUCGUCAACCUCGGGAACAACAGCCUGACGGGCGGCGUACCGCACGGCGUGGCGUCGUCGCCGUCGUCGCUGCCGAUGCUCGAGUACCUCAACCUGCGCGGCAACCGCCUCGCCGGCGCGGUGCCGCCGGCCGUCUACAACAUGUCGAGGCUGCGAGGGUUGGUGCUCUCGCACAACAACCUGACAGGGUGGAUCCCGACGACGAGCAACGGGAGCUUUCACCUGCCGAUGCUGCGCACGUUCUCCAUCAGCUCCAACGGCUUCGCCGGCCGGAUUCCGGCAGGGCUCGCGGCAUGCCGAUACCUGCAAACCCUGUCCAUUUCGUCGAAUAGCUUCGUGGAUGUCGUGCCGGCAUGGUUGGCUCAGCUGCCAUACCUCACUGAGCUUUUCUUGGGUGGAAAUCAGCUCACUGGCUCUAUCCCUCCUGGUCUCGGCAACCUCACCGGUGUUACCUCGCUGGACCUCUCCUUCUGCAACCUGACCGGUGAAAUUCCUUCAGAGUUAGGCCUUAUGAGAAGUCUCUCAACUCUGCGUCUCACAUACAACCAGCUGACAGGUCCAAUCCCAACUUCUCUUGGGAAUUUAUCGCAAUUAUCUUUCCUAGAUUUGCAGAUGAAUCAAUUGACUGGGGCAGUGCCAGCAACACUAGGCAAUAUCCCAGCUCUCAACUGGCUCACUCUGUCACUGAAUAAUCUAGAGGGGAACCUUGGCUUCUUGUCUUCCCUUUCUAAUUGCCGACAAAUUUGGAUCAUUACCUUGGAUUCAAAUUCUUUCACCGGGGAUCUUCCCGAUCAUACCGGCAACCUGUCUGCGCAAUUGAGUAUAUUUUCCGCGAGCGAAAAUAAGCUAACAGGUGGGCUCCCAUCGUCACUGUCAAAUUUGAGCAGUCUUGAACAGCUACAACUUCCUGGAAACCAGCUCACUGGGCCAAUCCCAGAAUCCAUCACCAUGAUGCCAAAUCUCGUAAGGCUAGAUGUGUCUAGCAAUGAUAUCUCAGGCCCUAUCCCGACUCAGAUUGGCAUGCUCAGCAGCUUACAGAGAUUGGAUCUCCAGAGAAACAGAUUAUUUGGCUCCAUACCAGAUAGCAUCGGCAACCUGAGUGAAUUAGAACACAUCAUGUUGUCCCAUAACCAACUGAACUCAACAAUACCUGCAAGCUUCUUCAACCUUGGCAAACUGGUGCGACUAAAUCUUUCUCACAACUCCUUCACUGGUGCACUACCAAAUGAUCUUAGCAGGCUAAAACAAGGUGAUACAAUUGAUUUAUCGUCCAAUUCUUUGCUUGGAAGUAUCCCAGAAUCAUUUGGACAAAUCAGGAUGCUGACCUACCUAAAUCUAUCGCACAACUCAUUUGGAGACUCAAUACCGUACUCAUUUCAAGAGCUUGCUAACUUGGCAACAUUGGACCUCUCCUCCAACAACCUCUCUGGUACCAUACCAAAAUUCCUUGCAAAUUUCACAUACUUGACAGCCUUGAAUCUGUCCUUCAAUAGGCUAGAAGGCCAGAUACCAGAUGGUGGUGUUUUCUCAAACAUUACGCUACAGUCCUUGAUCGGGAAUGCUGCAUUAUGCGGUGCUCCACGUCUAGGAUUUUCACCAUGUCUUCAGAAGUCUCACUCAAACAGUAGACACUUCCUAAGAUUUCUACUUCCAGUUGUCACCGUAGCAUUUGGCUGUAUGGUUAUUUGCAUUUUCCUAAUGAUCAGAAGGAAAAGUAAGAACAAGAAAGAGGAUUCAAGUCACACUCCAGGCGAUGACAUGAAUCAUUUGAUAGUCACCUACCAUGAGCUCGCUCGUGCCACCGAUAAAUUUAGCGAUGACAACUUAUUGGGGAGUGGGAGCUUCGGAAAAGUUUUCAAGGGCCAACUGAGCAGCGGUUUGGUGGUUGCGAUAAAAGUUCUAGAUAUGCACCUGGAAGAAGUGGCCAUUAGAAGCUUCGAUGCCGAAUGCCGUGUGCUUCGCAUGGCUCGGCACCGGAACCUGAUAAAGGUACUGAACACCUGCUCCAACAUGGAGUUCAGAGCACUGGUGCUUCACUACAUGCCCAAUGGCAGCUUAGACAUGCUCCUGCACUCUCAAGGCACAAGUUCUUUGGGGUUGUUGAAGAGGUUGGACAUCAUGCUAGAUGUGUCGAUGGCGAUGGAAUAUCUUCACCAUGAGCAUUAUGAGGUUGUCCUACACUGUGACCUGAAGCCUAGCAAUGUGUUAUUUGAUGAGGAAAUGACGGCGCAUGUGGCGGACUUCGGCAUCGCAAAGUUGCUACUGGGUGAUGACACGUCAAAGAUCACGGCAAGCAUGCCUGGAACAUUUGGGUACAUGGCACCAGAGUACGGAUCACUCGGAAAGGCGUCGCGCAAUAGCGACGUGUUCAGCUUCGGAAUCAUGCUCCUUGAAGUCUUUACUGGAAAGCGACCCACGGAUCGUUUGUUCGUUGGAGAAGUGACCAUUAGGCAGUGGGUCAAUCAAGCAUUUCCGGCGAAGCUUGUUCAUGUUCUGGACGACAAGCUACAGCUAGAUGAGUCUUCUAUCCAAGACCUGAAUCACCUUCUUUUGCCAAUAUUUGAGGUUGGCUUGCUCUGCUCAAGUGACUUGCCUGACCAGAGGAUGUCAAUGGCCGGUGUUGUGGUGACACUGAAGAAGAUUAGAAAGGAUUAUGAAGAAAAAAAUUGACAUUAGAUUAGCUGCCGUGCAGAGUUGUAGCCAAUGAUUGGUUGGUGUUAUUGAUAUUAUGGUUUUGUUUGCUUAUGCUAUAGAAGAAUAGCGUCAGCGGCAGAGGAUUUAUACAGCAUUUUUGCCUACUCUUCUUUAAAUCUCAUCGACUUUUUAUGCAUGUUAGUUGUUGAAUUCAGUGCGUUCAGCUGCUUUGGAAGCA